AUGGACAGCAGACAACCUCCUAUGGUGCAAAAGCUGCAAACAAUAUAUUUGCGCUUUACUCUUUUAGAGUGUCCCACUAUGACUCUAUAUCCGAGUCAGCUCUAUGUAGAUUUUGGAAAAAAAGUUACAUUUAGAGCAACAAUAGAAGCCUCAAUGCAUUAUCCAACCGCUGGACGAUGGCAGAAAAUUCAAAAUGGCGUCGUUAUAAAAACUAUAGACCCCAAUGAAGAGAAGUAUCUAGACACCGAUGCAUUGUAUACCCCUCAACUCGUGAUAAACAACGCGGAAUUCGACGACGUAGGAGAUUACCGACUAAACGUCAGAAUCUCCGAUCUUUGGUGCUCAAGCUACAAUGUUAGACUGCAAAAAGUAUAUGGGGUAUUGAAUUACAAUGCCAGAUGUAACCAGGACAGGGAAUGUGACGAAAGAAAAAAUUUACGGUGUACAAACCAAAUAUGUCUGUGUUACAGUUCGAAUUAUCCUUACAAUCAAACGUGUUUUUCAAAGUCGAACCUACGUGCAUCAAUUUCCAAUAGCAACAUUAGCGAAACUUCAAUCCACUUUGAGUGGAGACAUCCGACCCAUUCUGAUCUGAUACAACACUACUCAAUUACUAUCCGUCACAACAACGGAACUACUAUAACCAGCUCACUGGUCAGCAAACAGACAAACUUCACCUUCCAGUACGAGUUCAUACCUGGUAACAAAUAUUAUCUCAGGGUUACCUCUCAUGUGCGGAUCAACAAUCCAAGCGAAACAUUUACUAUUUACAGAGAGCAAAGCCUAGUUUUAGCUCCCUUAUCCCCUGGUCUUAUUGAUAGACACCAUAGCAGUUUUCACCCGGAGAGGUUACAUCUUAAAUGGGCAGUACCAAUUAACAACACAAGGGUCGAUUCCUACUCAAUAUCUAUCAGUGAUGGGUAUUCAUCACCCUCUUUCUCCUCGUCGUCCAAUAAUAAGGAAAUUACCUCCAGGAGAUUCCUACCUGGCACAAACUACACGGUAACACUCUACGCAAUAAGCUACGGAUCUAGUAGUCCACGACACACGGAGGAGAUUGAGACGCUGCGUACACCUUAUAUAACAAUUACUCCUUCCGGUUGGCCAAACAUACCUUAUCUUUCAAACUUGGAGGUGAAAUGUACAAUAAGGAACAGUUCUGGUUUUCCUUCGACAUUGGAAACAAAAUGGCAGAGAAAUAAACUUGACUUCAAUAUAUCAGAUGCAAUGUACAAAGGCAGUUCUCUAGAUUUGUUUAACCCCAAACUUGUUAUUAAUCGGAUUGACCGGGAUGAUGAUAUUUAUUAUCGAUGUAUGGCAAAGAACUCGGAGGGUUGGGGUUCAAGUGUUUCUGAUAUUCUCAUUGAUGUCAGAGGAAGCAUAAAAUUUAUGAAGUCAUGCAAUUACAACAGGGAAUGUUUAUAUACUGCUCCUUUAACAUGUAGAGAUAAACUGUGCUUAUGCGACUCCAGCUAUUAUCAUAAAAAUGAAGUGUGUUACCGAAGGAAUGAAUUACAGGCACAAAACACACGUAUAGAAAGUACAACAUGUGAUAUUUCAAUAACUUGGAACCAUCCUUCUCGGAAUGCAGAUCUUGUGACCGGAUACGAAGUUUACCUACAAGAGAAAACCGACAACAGUUGGAAGUCGUCAGAAAGAAUUUAUGCCGGAAGCAACACGGAAUUUACCUCACCAUGCUCUCUUCAAUCCGGACGCUUAUACCGAUUUUUCAUUCGUUCUCAAAUUGUGCUCAGCAAUCCAGCACAAGUCAUAUCAGUGGAUUCAUCAUACUUAUAUACCAUCCUAGAACCUCGGAAACCUGGUGCAAUAAUAGAAAAUCUAAGUAAUUUUUCUGCUGAUGGUCUUCAUCUAAAAUGGGAAGAAAGUGAUGCUUUUGUCAACCGGUACCGGGUGAACAUUGAAGACAAGGCGCAAGAAACAAGAGACAGUAAACCAGAAAUAAAAUGGAACAAACUUUUACUUCCGGUCACGCUGUACAAUGUAACAAUAACGGCGAUCAGUUAUGGAUUUACUACAAAUUAUUAUCAUAUCAAAAGAGAAAGUGCUCCAGCUACUUACUGGAUAAUGACUGCUGAAUCACAAUACUCGGGGAAGGCGUACAUGUCGUACGGAGAUGGUGACUGCGUCAUUACAGGUGAUGACGUCACAAGUCCUGCUCUUCCAUCACCCACUACUGUCUAUGUAGGAGAUGGAUCUAACGACGGUUUUAAUUAUGUUGUCAUCGGAACAAACGGAGUGAUUGGACUUGGGGAACGUUUCAACAGUGAAUCUAUAUUUACCAUGGACUCAAAACACGUAAAACAAAGACAAAUUUUCUGUCCAUUCUGGACCGAUUUGGCCUCGAAAGAUGAUGAGGGCAAAGUAUACUACAACACUUACAGAAGAGGGAAAGAAGGAGAGCAUAUAGAUUCAAUGUUUAUGGAGAAGGCUGAUGGUAUAGUAAAGAAACAUUUUAAAGAUAUGAGAGAUUUUAAAGCUACUUGGCUUGUAAAAGUCACCUGGGAGAACAUGACUUUGUAUGGUCAUAAGGACCAGAAAAUCACGUUCCAGAGUUUCCUUAUAACCGAUGGAGAGAACACAUUCGCUGUAAUAAAUUACAUCGACGUCAAUUUAAAAACGAUAAAAAACCUUCCAAUUUCCAUAGGAUACAGAUACAGAGAUUUCUUUGUGAAAAAUUCAUUUACAAACAAAAAAAAUUCAUUUAAGAUGAGCCUCGUUCCUGGAAAUCGAGGAGAACGGGGCUUUUGGAUUUAUAAAAUGACAGACGGAAUAAAAUCAAAAAGAGAGGAGAAAGAAUGUUUCUUCUGGUACUCAUUCAACAUUGAAAAACAGAUUCAUCACGGUUUGUCCCAGGUUCUCAGUGACAUACGAUGUCCAUGCGAUCCACGUCUACUCAGGUUUGAUCCACGUUACGCCAUCAACAGAUUCGACAAGUCCAGGCGGCUGUUGUGUUUUGCCUCACUUACACUAGGCACUAAUGUAGAAUGUUGUUAUGACAUGUAUGCUGAUGUCAAUGACCUGGGACCUCUGAGGCGAGCACCACCUUUUGCAGGAACGGUUUUGCAGUAUAAUCCAUUCUUCCAAAGAUAUCAGUACACGAAUUAUGACCAAAAGCCGAAGGAGCUUUGUUGCAAAACUGGGCAUUGUAACUGGUAUUACGAAGUUCGUCCGAUUCCACAGUGCUAUUGGAGGUCACCUUUUCAACCAGGAAUUAAUUUUGGUGAUCCUCAUAUUACGACUCUUGAUGGCUUUGACUACACGUUCAAUGGAUAUGGAGAAUAUACUAUGAUUAAGAUAAACACAAGCACUGCAUCAUUUAACUUACAAGCAAGGACAGAGUUAGCUACAAACGAAAACGGAACAACUAUAAACGCAACCAUUUUCAGUGCGUUUGCAGCAAAAGACCAAACGGGAUCCUCAUUGCAAAUUGAAAUGUCACGUGACAAAAAGGGAAUGAUUAUUACUGGCAAUGGAAUAGACCUUACAAAUAGGUUUAGAAAUGCAAAUUACACAUUUCUGAAUGAAAACCUAACAAUUUACUGGGAAAAUCGCACAAUAGCAGCAUCGUUUCUGAAGUCUUUGCACACUAUGAAGAUAAGCCUUGGAAAACGUUUUCUGAUAUGCGAAACUCUGAUUAAUGAAAAAUACAAAGGAAUGACAACAGGUUUGAUGGGGAACUUUGAUGGCAACAAAACUAAUGAUUUUAUAUUACCGAAUGGGACCAUGCUUCCACACAAUGCAACGAACAGCGAAAAGAAGAUAUUCUACAACUUUGGACAACAAUGGUCCGUAAACAAGGAAUCUUUAUUUCAAUAUGGUGACGAAUUAUCCUACUGGAACUACUCACAUCCCGAGUUUGUUCCAAUGUUUACUGAUGAAGUAGAUAAAGGACGAUUGAACGAGGCUAUACAGAAGUGCGGAUCGAAUUCUUCAAAAGCCUGCAUAGCUGACUAUCUCGCCACUGGAGACAUUUCUUUGGCAAAAGUUUCGGGGGAUAAAGAACAUGAUUCUAAAUUAGAUAUUGAAACAAUAGAAAACGAAACACCACAGAUUUCGGGAAACACAACGUUGUAUGUCGAGGCGAAUAAAGAAGUAGAAUUGAAAUUCAAUGUGUCAGACGAUGGCAAGGAAAAGCCAACGUUAAAGCUUUUGAAGAAACCAGAUGAUUUCUACCUAAACGAUGAAACAAACACGGCUAGAUGGACUCCUAAACAAUCCAGUAUACCUGAAAUAAGCAUUGUAGCCAUUGACGGUCAAGGGGCACAAUCAUCUGCUCUAGAGUUUAACAUUGUGCAAUGUGAUGGAUGUGGUAUCCACGGAGAGUGUGACUUUGACAGCACAGUUGCAAUAAGUGACCUAGCAAAGAGGGCUAGGUGCAAUUGUCAAACAGGAUUUUCAGGUGAUACGUGUGAUAUUGACACAGAUGGCUGCUCACAAAACCCUUGUCCACUAUAUAGAAACUGCACAGACCUUCCACCCGAGGAAGAAACCAUGUUUGGUCGAGGAUAUAACUGCUCGAGUUGUCCUCUUGGAUAUAAGGAUGUUGAAAAUAAAUGUCAAGAUAUUGACGAGUGUGAAUCAAAUGACAAAUCCUGUGAUAACUCUAAAGAAACUUGCGAGAACUCUGAUGGUAGUUAUAUAUGUAACUGUGUCGGCGGGUACCGGAAACUAAACCAACAAUGCAAUGAUAUAGACGAAUGCCUUGAGAAACGGUCUGGUUGUGAACAGCUCUGUCAAAACACCCCCGGAUCUUUCUCGUGUUCCUGUCUCCCUGGAUUUGGGUUGAACGCAGAUAAAACAACUUGCAGUCAAACAGAUGCUGAUAUCUGUAAGAAUUUUGAGAAAAAAUGUGAAUACUCAUGCAGUGAAAUAGACGGAGUGACCCAAUGCAUUUGCCCUUCCGGUUACACAUUAACUGACAAUGGAAUCAACUGUACAGAUAUUGAUGAAUGCAGUCUGGCUACGACUCCAUGUGACCAGGAAUGUACCAACCUUAAUGGAUCAUUCCAAUGUACUUGUCGUCCUGGAUACUCUCUUGAGGAGGACAAAACAACGUGCUCCAGGUGUGAGUUGCCAAAUUACGGAGUAAACUGUAGCCAGGUGUGUGAAUGUGGCCCAGGUGUUGACAGGUGUGAUUCCGUCAGUGGAUGUGUCUGCCUGUCGGGAUGGACCGGGAAGAACUGUGACGAAGAUAUUGACGAGUGUCAGGAAAAUCCCAACAUAUGUGGCAUACAAAGGGUCUGUGUCAACAACGAGGGGUCCUAUCGAUGUGUUUGUGGAGAAGGAUUGCAACUUGUUGAGAAUACCUGUGAAGAUAUCGAUGAGUGCGGAGAUGAUGCCUUGAAUAACUGUCCCCAAGAGACCACAGAGUGUGUGAAUUCGUUCGGUAACUACAGUUGUGAGUGCAAACCAGGAUUCCAAGGGCAGGGUUCACACUGUAAAGAUAUAGACGAAUGCCACCUUGGUAUACAUAAAUGUUCCCAAGCCUGCCAAAAUUUGCCUGGCAGUUACAAUUGUCUGUGUUAUUAUGGAUUUCUUCUGAAAGAAGAUCGUAUUACCUGUGAAAUAGACAAAAACUCCUGCUCUUCGUAUCCAAACCUGAACUGUACGUAUGGGUGUAGGAAGAUCAACGACAAUAAAGGAGUGUGCUUCUGUGAGAGUGGCUACGAAGUUCAAAGCGACGGGUCCUGUAUAGACGUAAACGAGUGCCUUAAUACAUCAACUUGUGACUAUAACUGUACCAAUAAGAAAGGUUCGUUUACUUGUUCAUGCGAUGUUGGAUACCGACUAGGAAACGAUGGCAAGAGUUGUACAGUAUGUAACCCGGGGUUCUACGGAGAAAACUGUGAGACACCGUGCAGAUGUGGGCGGGGAACAAAGGAGUGUAACAACACUAAGGGGUGUGUCUGUAGUUCCGGCUGGAGGGGAGAGACUUGUGAGGAAGACAUCAACGAGUGUGACAGCAGUCCGUGUACAGGGGAACACGAAGUGUGCCUCAACACACCAGGGUCCUUCCGGUGUAAUUGUGUCCAAGGGUUCAAAAACAGUUCCGGAACAUGUGAAGAUAUUGAUGAGUGUCAAGAACCACACAUAUGCCACCAGCUAUGUAGUAAUACAAACGGCAGUUACUCGUGUGGGUGUAAGGCUGGGUAUGAGCUGAUUAAUUUCAAGGACUGUGUUGAUAUUGAUGAAUGCGCUAAAGCCCGGUGCAGUAAAUGUUCCAACUGGCCUGGAAGCUUCAAGUGUUCAUGCAGUAACGGUUACCGAUUGAACGCCACGACACUGAGAGAUUGCGAGAAUAUUGACGAAUGUCACGAAAACACCCACAACUGUUCCCUGAACGCCACAUGUACUGAUACAGACGGGAGCUUCAGGUGUAGCUGUCAUAUAGGAACGCACGGAGACGGCUACGAUUGUACAGUCUGUCCUCCGUUUACCUAUGGCGAGCAAUGUUUUGAAGACUGUAAAUGUGAAAAGAACAAUAGUGACACAUGUGACGCUGUUACCGGUAGUUGUCACUGUAAGACAGGAUGGACCGGUGAUACCUGUUCACAGGACGUGGACGAGUGUGAGGAGGGAAUUAGAACGUGUAACACAAGUCUACAUCAGGUCUGUGUCAACGACCCGGGCUCAUCUCACUGCCAAUGUCUUUACGGAGGAAACAAUCUCACAAGCUGUAUUCGUCCGCAACCACCGAUUCAUAUCAAUGCGACAGAUGUCAAAGUGAAAGUGGAGAUAAGAUUUGGUGUAAAUGCUUCAAGAGAAGACUUCUUACAAAAUAGUACAAAAUGGCGAGGCGACAUCGAAAAGACGAUAAUGGAAUUCCACAAAGGUUUUCCAGGAUUUUCAACUCUCCGCGUGUUGUCAAUUAGAUUAGGAAGUAUUUUUGUGGACUAUGAAAUCGUAGGAGUCAAAACGCAAUCGAACAAAAUCAAGUUUGAAGUUGGCGUGGCAAACAGUAUGUUGAAAAUUCUAAAGGGGGAACACAACUUUAAGAUUUUGCAGCAAGAAGCUCGUGUCAUCGGAAUAACCAUGAAGGAUAAUAAUGGAUCAUCAACUACUUUUACAACCACUCCGUCGCCUUGUAAUUUGCUGAAUACAUUUUACGAAUGUCCUUCUGGGUACCACUGUAAAGACUCUUCAAACGAGGCAGAGUGUGUAUUGGAUGACUCUUCCGAUCUCGUUGUCAUCAUAAUCUCGGUUGGAGUGGGCGUUCCCCUUUUGAUAGCGGCAAUUGUGAUUAUCAUUCUUUGGAAGCGGUACCAGAGGAAGGCUCGGAAACUCAAAGACAAAUCCGGCCACGACGAAAAGCUCCCUGUGAUGCUCGCAGGGAAGAUUCCACGACCCAAACACUCACCUUCAAGUGAAUAUGACUUCAUAGACUCACAAUCAAUGUAUGAUAGCCGCUACACUGAUAUGGGGCGUAUGAAUCCCAAUUUUGCAGCGGACUAUCACAAAGACAGGAGAUUUGAAGCUGACGACGAGUUCCCUGUCAAAAGACCAAAUCUUGACCCUGGCAUGUAUCGUGCUUACUAAGAAGAUUGGAACUGAAUUGUCUUUUCCUUUUAUACUGUGCUAAAAAUAUAAGAAAUUGUUAAUAUGGGUUUAGCGUUAAACAUUUUUUUCAUUCUAUGAAAUUAUAUAAGGACAAUGAAUAAAAAAGAUAAAAUAAAUAAAUAUAGGAAUAAUCUUUAUUAAAUAGCAAGAUAUUAUUAACAUAAAAAAGAAACGAAAAUGAUGAAGAUUGCCAGUAAGUGUUUAGUUAUACUGUGAUAUAAAAUAAUUUUGUCAAUGAACACUCCUUGGCGAUUUCAAAACGCUUUCAAAAACAUUAACUUGGUAUAAUUGUUAAUUAUGAUUAUUAUGUAUUGAUUUUUAUUGUAAAUAAAUUGCUAAUA